GUUGAGGCAACACGCGUUUCUUCGCCACAGGACGGGAUAGGAAAAAAAAAAGUGCCGGGGAUCGAGUGCUCGGUACGCGUGUUCCGCACUUGACGCUCUCGUGUUUUUUCGGAAAUUAGUGAAACGGCGUGCUCGCUUUCGCUCGUUUUUGAACGUCAGUGUUCGAACCGCCCGCAGGGAUACACAGCGCCUUACUACGAACCGCCGUGCGCAGUGGAUACCGCACGUGAUACGCAACCACAAACCGACCGAGGAUUAUCCAGAACGUCAGGAUUAAAGACCGCUCCGUCGAGCUCAUCGUGUCGAGCCAUGGAGCUGGGUGACAGAGUUUACGCCGCGGAGCGGAUCACGAAAAAGAGGGAAAAGCGGGGCAAGAUCGAGUACUUUGUCAAAUGGAAAGGAUGGAGCAAAAAAUACAACACGUGGGAGCCGGAAGAAAAUAUUUUGGACAUCAGAUUAAUCGAAUUAUAUGAGGAAAGCCAAAAAGGUGCAGAUGUUGUACCCACCAGAAGGCCAAGGCGAAGGGAUACUAGAUACAGCGAACAAUUAUCUAAUCUUGUUGUCGAUGAGGAACCUGGCGGAGAUGAAAGGGUAGGCGAAGACAGUCAAGAUGAAUCGACGACGGGCAGCACUUCAGCAUCUCGUUUAAAUCCAGUAGCUCCUGAUGAGGACACCCUCCCAAGUUCCUUAGACAGCCAUGAGUCGCCAGAGUUAGCAUCAACGUUCAGCGUCGAUUCUGACAGUUCAGUCAGUAGUAUGGACAUACCUCUAUUGCCUAGAAAAGAACGUAUGAAAAGGAAGGCGGAAGUUCUUAGUCGAUCUGGGAAGAUUGGCGUAACAAUUACCACGAGUAGUCCUAGUAGUGGCAGUAGUAGCCCACCUCCGAGCAAAGUUCCUCGGUUAUUGCCUUUGAAAAACAACCCCACAAAUCCAUCUUAUAAUCACAAAGCCAAUGGACAAAAUCAAAGAAGGCCGUCAUCCUCCAGCGUGAAAUCGACACCGGAAGAACCUCUGCCGGCAGUGCCAACGACACCGGCGCCAGCAGUACAGGACAAAAAGCGUCCCGAAGCUGAUGUACCUCAUGGUCCGCCACCCUCUCUCCCGCGUGCACCACCGGCACCGCUGUCUCCUCAGAUAGAUACACCUUUGGAGCAAGUCACAACAAAGAAGAAGCAAUUAUCGGAGCAAAAGUUGGAAAAAUCGAAUGGUGAAGUUGCUGCUGACAAAGCGAACGGUCACAAAUCACCCAGUCCCACGGACUCUUACACUAAUAAUAACAGGUUACACGCUGUCGUGAAUGGACACCAUAGCCCUAAUAAUAAUAAUAAUAAUAAUAAUAAUAACAACAACAAUAAUAAUAAUAACAAUAAUAACAACAAUAAUAACAACAACAAUAAUAGUUCAAGCGUCAAACAAACCGAGAUUUCGAGGUCAGAGAUUUAUGUUCCACUCACGAAUCCCGGCACGGAUUAUUGGCACGCGAGAAACCCCGUGGCGGAUCAAGUGUUUAUUACAGACGUUACUGUUAAUCUGAAGACCGUUACCAUCAGGGAAUGCAAGACUGAAAAAGGUUUCUUUCGAGAAAGAGAUCCCAAAGAAACUCUUUGAGCUUCAAGAAUCUAACAUCUUUGAUGGUCCUGCAACAGGAAUGUCCGCUCUAAGUUGUAUUGAAUCACAAUAUGUAAAUAUAAAUUAUUUUUAUUCGUUAGAUGUUGUCAGGAUACCAAGCAAAUUAAAUUUUGUCUUGUGAUAUAUGAAAAUAUCAUGUUAAGUAUCGCAAUAAAAAUCGCGAAAGUAUCACGUAAAGAUGGAGCACUAAUUGGAAUCCCAAAAAUAUCAAACAGACGCUGAAACAAAGAUCAAUCAAUCAGACCUCAUUACAUGAGGAUCCGCGAUUUUUUUUAAUUGAAAAUUGAUCGUUGUGUCCAGACAAAUCAUUGUGUACGAUUUUGUGUAAAUUGAUUGUAAAGACUAGACAAUGUCAGUGUGAUAUUCAUUACAGAAUAUACAUCAUACUGCUAUCAUGAUAUAUUUUAAAAUGCUUGGUAGAUUUUAAUUACACGCUGAAGAUCUGGAAGACAUUAGAGGAUAAUCUUUUAAUUGAUUUUAUUAUUUGCUUGUCUUAGAACGCUAAGAGAAUGCUACAAAGUAAAAAUCUUCAACUUUUGUUUUUACACUACGGGAUAUAUAUUAUAUACACGAGAUAUACUUAGGAAAAAAAAAUAUUUUUCUAAUUCAUUUUUAGAAUACUGAAAUUGCUUUGUGGAAGCAAUUUGGGGGGAGAUGUUCCGAGUUAUUUUGAAGGGAAAAAUAAUGGUUUUCAACGCGUUACAAUGUUGUAUCCUAUUCAUCGGUGAAUAUUUUACUACGUGCUGGAAAAUAGAGUAUCGCGAAAGAAAAAUGUGUAAAUUAUAUUUUGAAUGCAUGUAAGAAAAUGUAUGAUUCAAGAAUUUCAGGUGAUUAUAAAAUGUCAUUCGAUUCGGAAGAAACACAAUUGCGCAUAGUAUUUCAAUCAUUAUUAGUGGUGAUGCGUUUUCUUGGUUCGACUUGAACUUCGCGAUACCAGUUCGUCGAUAGAUGCAUUUCGAUGCUAUCGAAUGUUUUAUGUUUGUGUAUAUUCUCACUUGGUAUAUAAUUAUUUUUAUUUAGUGUAGAAAGUCCAGCAUAUAUCGAUCGUGACAGUUCCGCGAGAUUAUUGCAUAUCUCUUAGUGAAUUCAUUUUAUUUGUAGAGAUUCCGAUUGUCAAAUAUCACCAAAUAAGAGGAUGCUCCUUUGAUAAUAUAUAAAGGCGCGUUGAAAUAAGUACAAUAAUCCAAAUCUAAUUAUAUUCAACAUCUGAUUAUAUUUACACGCUACUCGAUAUAUACUGUUACCUCGUUUUAGUGAUGCUGUAUGGUGUAUUAGGCAACUUUUAAAAUGACUUUCAAUCGUAUCAUUUAGAUUGCAUUGAUAAAUCUUCUCAUUAUUACACUUAUCGUUAUUUCGUUUACAAUGCGCGCGUCAUCAAUUCUUUCGCACUCCUACACAGUAAAGCUUAAGA